CUUGCGAACGAUUAUGUAACAAGAUGCGAACUCCUGUUCACGAUUUCCAGUGUGGAAUCAAUUUACGACGGUGGCGUCGGUCAACUUGUGCAAGUUUAGACCGGGUGGCCUGUGGGCGUGUGCGCCGUCGACGUAUGAGCUGCUGUACAAGCUUCACGAUGCAGCCGAUGAAGGCUUGCUAGAUGUCUGGUCG